AUUCAGUCCAGAUAACGUUGUUCGUAGUUUGAUUCGAUGCGUUCAUUGGCGAAUUUGGAAUAAAACGUAACUAUCACCCAUAUGGAAGCCAUACUGGAACGAAUAGAAACAAUUGGAAAUAGCGAAAAAUCAAACGAAUUAACAUUACCUUCCGUGGUAGAAUCCUCUGGAUUGGUCACUGAAGGAGGUAUUGAGAAAUCGAAAUUAACGCUGGAAAAGUAUGAAUUCAUAAAAAUUAUCGGAAAAGGAGCCUAUGGGAAGGUGAGUCUCUGCCGGCACAGAGAAACUUCUCGUUAUUACGCUGUGAAAGUACUCCGGAAGAACGUUAUCGCCCGCGAGAAGCAAAUUACGCACACGACAAACGAAAUUAAUGUGCUGAAAAAAAUCAACCACCCGUUUUUGGUGGCAUUAAAAGCUUCUUUCCAAACGAUGGAUAGGAUAUACUUCGUGAUGGAGUAUGUUUGUGGAGGGGAAUUAUAUUUCCAUCUCAGAAAAGAUUUAUUCUUCACUGAGGAGCGCGCAAAGUUUUACGGUGCCGAAAUUACUCUAGCCAUAGAGUAUCUCCACUCGCUGAAAAUCAUCUACCGCGAUUUGAAAUUGGAAAAUCUGUUGCUCGACAAACACGGCCACAUAAAAAUCGUUGACUUCGGUCUCAGCAAGGAACAGGAUGGUAAAACACCGAAUAGUUUUUGCGGUACCCCGGAAUACCUCGCACCGGAAGUAUUACUAAACGAGGCUUACGGUCCAGCAGUUGACUGGUGGGGAGUAGGGGUGCUAAUGUAUGAAAUGAUGUACGGCAAGCUGCCGUUCAAUAACUCCAACCAAAGCACUCUUUUCACGUUGAUUGUCACGGCACAAGCACAUUUUCCACCAUUCCUCAGUCCCAAUGCCCGAGAUUUGCUCCGUCAGCUUCUGACGAAAUAUCCCGACCAUCGGCUCGGAUGUGGCCCGACCGGUGCGAAGGAAAUCUUGGAUCAUACCUUUUACGCGAACAUCAACUGGAAUGAUGUGAUCCACAAACGACUGGCCCCUCCUUACGUGCCACGCAUCACAUCCGAAACAGACACUCGCUAUUUUGACGAUGAGUUAACCGAAUAUACCGUUUCCGUUACGCCACCCGACACGGACAAUUACCCGCUUAGUGGUAUAGACGAGAGUGAACUGGAUUUUCCAGGAUUCAGUUUUGAUAAUAUGACACCAUCGUUGGAUGAGGCUGCGGAUGACAACUUGAGCUAUCUGGAGGUCAAAAACAAAGCGAUUCCACGGCUCGUGACCAGCCCCAAUCGCUUCUUGCUGAAUCUCUGCCACACCUAUCCCGAUCUGUACGAAAAUCUGCAGAAAAGUGCAGCCUGGAGGGCAGAGUCCGGUCGAUCACCGUUGAAAUCAACCUUCCAAAUAGACUAUGAUCAUCUGCCAGAGUACCGGUUGGGGCCACUCUCGGAGGGGACGGAACAUUUCAUCCGUGAGUGUAACCCAACUGUAUGCACUGGAUGCGACAGCUGCUACGGGGGGCUUUGUUCAUGUCAGCUGUGUCACUCGGGCGACAGGGUCUGGUGUCCCGGUCAAUACCCCUGCCGGACACUCGGCGAACCCACCAAAAUCCUGAGAAGUUACAUCAGUUCCAGCCAUUGGCCAGAAAAAUCAUUCACGGGCGACACAAUCGAGUUCAGAGAACGGAUUAGCGUCUGGAAGUCUUCCUCCCCGUUCAAUGUGCUGACCGUCUUGUUGCUAUCGGUCGAUGAGUUUGAAUUUGUGACCGUCUGGGGGAUCCUGCAUGGCGGACGCCAUCGAGCUUGCAUUGCUGAAGCGAUAGGAGUUCCGCUUGCGAACCGUCACCACCGUUCGCUGGUCGUCAUCUUCCUUCAGGUGGAUGAUCCCCUGGACGCCCCAGUAUAUCCGGAGGGCACCCUCAAGCACCAACCGUCCGUUCACUUCCCGGCUACGAAUCUCCUGGCUUCGGUGGCUGUGGAAGUGAUUAAAAUGGAAACCCCACUCAAAAACAAAGUGCUCAUGAAGCUCCAGCAAGCGGACGGAUUCCAAACUCCAGCGGCCAGUGGUGCCGCUGGUGAUGGCCGCUUCAAUCAACACACCACCAGCACCACGAAGCUCCCGUCGUCCCCGUUUCUCACAAAAUUGGGCUUCGGAACGGGUGUGGAGGUUCUGAAAGUAAGGCGAUCACAGUCGAAAACUUCCAACCGAUCACCGUGGGCCAUCAAAAUGCUGUCACGGCGGGCUGCCCUCCAGGAAGAGCAAAUCAACGACCGUUUGGUGGAGGAGGCCAACAUUUUAAAGAACCUGAGCCACCCGAAUAUCAUAGGGUACCGUGGUUUUGACACACUCGAGGCCGGCAAAAAGUACAUCGCUAUGGAGUACUGCAACACUUCGCUGGGAGAUCUACUGGAGAAACGAUACGAUCAGAACCUUGGCCCGUUGGAGGUACCCAAAAUAGAACGGAUGGCUUUGGACAUACUGAAGGCUUUGGAUUAUCUCCACACGGAAGCGCUGAUUCUGCACGGGGAUCUCAAAUCGUUCAACAUUUUGGUGAAGAAUGAUUUCGAAAUCUGCAAGCUGUGUGAUUUUGGUGUGAGCCUUCCGCUGACCAAGGAUGGUUUUCUGGAUACCGAGAAGAGGAAGGAUGCGCAGUACGUGGGAACGGGCAUAUGGUCCGCACCGGAGGUGCUUGAGGAGGACAUUACACUGAUCAGUUCGAAGGCGGACAUUUUUAGCUUCGGGUUGGUGAUUUUCGAAACCAUUGCGCUGCUUCCGCCUCACACGUUUCCCGGGAUCAAGGAUGAAAGUGUGGCCAGCGCGGCAGAUUGUGCCGUCAUGAAUAGGAUCAUUCGCGGCGCUAGCGGCACUGCGGUUAAUCGUAAACUGGACGUAAGUGACGUUAUCGUUUUAGAGGAUGACGAAGAUGAGUUUGAUGAGGAGGGUGAGGAUGAUGUCAAGGAAGAUGAGAAGAAUAUUCCGUCGGAGAUGGUUGGUGUGAAGAGGAAGCACAACGAGUUGGACGAUCCGGAGCUUCCGGCAAAGAGUCAGUUCACACACCAGCCGGAUUCCACCACCGAUGCGGGGAUGACUCCGAUCGCCGAUGACUCCACGAUUAUCAUUGAGGAUGAUGAUGACGACGAGGAGGAGGAGAUUGAUGAUGAUGUGCAUGAAAUUGAUGACGAUGAAGAAGAGGUAUUCGAUGAGGACGAGGAGGGGAUUGAAGAUGUGGAUGAAGAUGACGACUAUGACGGGAUCGAUGAAGACGACGUGGGAAAUUAUCUCGAGUACGGACGAGUUGGAUCGCGACCAGCGAUUCCGGAUGCGAUAAAUAUUUCAGAGGAAUACUUUUUUGUGCUGGAGGUGUUCUAUGUGUGCACCAUCGAAGAUUACGAGGCGAGACCAUCAGCCAGGACGAUUCUCAAUGCGUGGGAGAAAUACAAUAUUGAUAAGGGUGAGAAAAAGACGCCGGAGGAACAACAAAAGUGAACAGAAGAAAAAAUUGUUUUGCGAAGAACGCAUUUACAUAGAUAUUUGGGAACACCACUCUUCGUAAGCCUUUUCAAAUAUAUUUGAAAUAGUUA